AGAGAUGACAUAUAAUAGAUUCGAAGUUCAAAUCAGUCCUUUAAAAUUGUUUUUUUUUUUUUGGAUUAUUUUGUUAGAUAUUAUGGAAGAAGAGAUACUAAGUGUGAUUUCAAGUGGUGAAGCAAAUACAAAUUCGGAUGUUUCAGAUUCUAUUAGCACCACUCAUCAAGCAAACAAAAGCCAAAGGUGCGGCAGUAAAGGCAAUUCGUCGCAAUUCAAAGGCGUAAUGCGACAGAAAAAUGGACAAUGGGGAGCUCAAUUAUACACUAAUCAUACCCGAAUUUGGCUAGGGACUUUCAAAACCGAAAUAGAUGCAGCCGUGGCCUACGAUAGUGCAGUGAUCAAGUUCCGCCCCGGAGACACUCAUCGGAACUUUCCACGGAACGAAAUCACAAUUGAGGAGCCCAAGUUGCUGAGCCAUUACAGUGCAGAAGCUGCCCUUAGCAUGAUAAGAGACGGUUCUUCCCAAUACAAGUUCAUGGAUUUUAUUAAGGCUCGCUCUAGAAGUAUAAAACCAAGCAUUGCUCUCAACUCAGUGGAGACUUAUAGCAAUGAAGGGCUAAUUUGCAAACAAUUGUUCCAAAAGGAGCUAACACCAAGUGAUGUUGGUAAGUUGAAUAGGCUUGUCAUCCCCAAAAAAUAUGCUGUCAAAUAUUUUCCGCCGGUUUCCUGGACCGAAAAGGAGAAUGCCGAUAUUGGCGAUCGCAAAACGAACCAUGUUGAGUUGGUUUUCUACGACAAGUUUAUGAGGAUAUGGAAGUUUCGUUAUUGCUAUUGGAAUAGCAGCCAAAGCUUUGUUUUCACCAGGGGCUGGAACCGGUUUCUGAAGGAAAAAGAGUUGAAGGCCAAUGAUGUGGUUUCGUUCUUCGUAUGCGAAUGCCGGAAGGAGAACGAAGUCCGAAGGUUCUGCAUGAUCGAUGCCAACAAAUCCGGGAACGGUGGCACGUUCGUGGCGGUAAACACCGUUCAUGUUGGAAUAGAAGUUGAUUUGCAGCUUCGGUUGGGACAUUAUUACCCCAUUGGUGAUGAAAAACAUGUCCAAGAAGAGCAAGGAUCAAUGGCGACUGCGAAGCAGAAACAAGACGACAAGACUGAGGGUUUCAAACUCUUUGGUAUGCAAAUUAACUGAAGCUGAAAUCCAUGCUCUUUUUAACUAACAGGAUUGUUAGCUGAAAUUAACGUUGCAGUAAUGUUGACUUUUUGACCCUUUUUUUUCAGAUUAUUAGCAGUUUUUUUUUUUAUUAUGGAUAUUUUGUUUUUUAGGAUGAAUUUUUGUCAUUCGUAAGAAUGAUAUCAAUCUAUGAAUUGAUCAAUGUGUCUUAAUAAGCAAAUCUAUUUGUUUUCCUUUGGACGUUAUGUUUUUCAUUACAACCUCUGCAACAAUUGUAGGCCAUUUUACACCAUAAAUUAUGAAACUCAAAUCCCUAUAGUACUAUAAAUUUACCUGAACUAAUGAUGAAAAUCCUCCC